CAGGCAAACUCGAGCGAAGUGGCAGCAGCCUUGCCUACAAGGCCAAGCGUGGGCCUCUCCUCUCCUUCCCUUCCCACCUUGCUGUUGCGAUUGCCGCCACAAAUCGAGUGGCGGUUAAAACAGCAGAGGAGAAGAAAGGGAAAUCCUACCCUCCGUCGCAGCGACAGUCUCCGGUCAGGCUGGCAGCGCGAGCGAGCGAACCUGCAGCUCCAUGACGAUGGCCGCGCGGCCGAUCCCCUCCUGUCCCGCCACCGUCUCCCUGCCCGCCCCGCUCCUCUUUCUGCCGCCGAUUUCUCGGAAGCCGUCGGUCGCCUUAUCCUGCAGCAGCAGAGCACGCCGCGGCGCCCGAUACUCUGCCGCGAACAAGCCCUCCCCUCCUCCCCCUUCUGGCGCCCCGGGCAACGAGGUAAGCGGCGGCAGCAGCAGCUCCAUGGCCAAGAUAAGGAGCGAGGUGCUGUCCCCCUUCCGGUCGGUGCGCAUGUUCUUCUACCUGGCCUUCAUGGCCAGCGCGGGCCUGGGUAGCCUCAUCGCGCUCACGCAGCUCCUCCCGGCGCUGGGGAACCCCGCGAGGGCGGCGGGGGUCCCGGAGACGCUCAAGGGCCUGGGCAUCGACGUGGCGGCGGUGGCCGUCUUCGCGUUCCUCUACUCGCGCGACCGCAAGGCCAGCGACGCGCAGGUGGCCAGGCUGACGCGGGAGGAGAACCUGUCGAGGCUCAAGCUCCGCGUCGGCGACGGCGGCCGGGUGGUGCCGCUGAGCGAGCUGCGGGGCAGCGCGCGGCUCGUCAUCGUCGCCGGCCCCGCCGAGUUCGUCGCCGAGUCGUUCCGCCGGAGCAGGCCGUUCCUCAGGGACCUCAUGGAGAGGGGCGUGCUGGUGCUGCCCUUCCCCACGGACGGCAACGCGCCGGCGCUGGAGUUCGGCGAGGAGGGCGACGGGGAGGGGGAGGCGGAGGCGGAGGACGAGGAGGUCGCCAGGAAGAGCAGGAGGCUCUGGCAGCUCACGCCGGUGUACACCUCCGAGUGGGCAAAAUGGUUGGCUGAGCAGAAGAAGAUGGCGAAUGUGACGCCUGAUUCCCCUGUGUACCUAUCGCUGAGGAUGGACGGGCGCGUCCGGGGCAGCGGCGUGGGCUACCCGCCAUGGCAAGCGUUCGUGGCGCAGCUGCCGCAGGUCAAAGGGAUGUGGUCGGGUCUUUUUGAUGGGAUGGACGGGAGAGUCUAGUUUCUUUGCGGGCUUCUUUUUUGUGUUCUGUCUUCUGAAAUUCGUGUGGUUUUGCAAGUUCGGUCCGAACUAUACACAUGUAAGUAUGCAGGUAAGGGCAUGUCUCGUGUCUGAACUGAUUAGUUCGUGCUCAGCUGUCUAACUGUCUGAAAGGUGACGUGGCUUAACGACGAUGGCAAAAAUGUAAGUUUGACUCUUUUUGAAGAUAAGUUUGACUGAUUUGUUCUGGUCAAACAUCGUAAACGAAAUUGUGAUGAUCUAAUCCACACCUUAAGGGCCUCUUUGAUUCAAGUAAUUUCUCAAAGAAAUUCCGAGGAUUCUAAUCCUUGGGACAUUCUGCUGCAUAGGUUGUUUGACUCGUCGGAUUACAAUUCUAUAGAAAAUUUUCCUUAGUUUAUAUAGAAAAACUUUCGUCCACUCAAACUUCAUGCAAAGAAUCCUAAGCUCUUCCCGCGCACAACCAAAAGGCUGUACUAAUCCCCUAGUGUAUUCAAGAUUGGCAUGCCACUCCAUUCAUCUGGUUUUUCUACUAGAUGACCUGGUUGCGCCAAUGGCGCAAGGAGGAGUUAGAAGGAAUGUUAUUAGUACUGAGUAAAUAGGAGAUGUAGAUGGCAAGAUGAUGCAAUGUGGAUUGUAUUACAAAUAGUGGAUAUUCAGAUAUAGAGCAAUAUAAAUGGAUUUCUUAUCUCACAGAAGCAGAAAGCUUGAGUAGACUCAGUCGGCAUAGAUAUAUCACAUGGAUACAACAUAGUAUCAUGCAUUCAAAAUUUAUAUAUGACCAGAGAGUAGUGCCAAAAGCAAACGGGUUCUUAGGGUGAAGCUAUACACACAAAGCUUCAUAGGCUAUUUAGGUAGCUUAGUAGAGUAAACAUGAUGACCAGAGAGUACUGCCAAAAGUAAACAUGUUCUUUGGGUGAACCUAUACACAAAACUUCACAGGCUAAUUAGUUAGCACGGUAAGAUGCAGGCGGUAUCGCUGGUCAUUUAAAUAAAGUUGUUAUAGCCGGUAAGCAUCUUCCAAAGGUACAUAGGCUAUGGAAGUAGACUCUAUUUAAAAGGGAUAAACCAAUGUGUUUCGAAUCAGCUGGAUAGAGUCAUUAGUCAAUCAACUGCAUACUGCAGAUGAGCAAGUUCAUUCUGCACAUCAACAGCAGCCUUGUGGUGCCAUUGCCGUUUGUAGAACUGGUUGAGUAUCACCGUCUUUAGCUAUGUGAUGAAUCCCAGCAAAAGUGUUUUAACUUGAUACAUAUUGUCUGCAAAGCCUUUGCUAAGCUCUCUGAUCUUCCAAUUCUGCUCUUUGAUCUACUUUUCUUUGUCUAUUAACAAACCAAUUAGAUGCAAUUCUCUUUCCUUUGUUUGUUUCAAUUUGUUGUAACUAUAGUCCUUGAGCACCUUGGCACACACAGCCUCCAUGUAUCUGAUAACUCGAGCCGCUGCAACAUCCGUUGCAACUUCUAUGGAAUUAGAUGAAUAUCCGGAUAAUGCCAUUGCUUCAGCAUCAUGUUGCUGAUGCCGCGUGCUGGGACGGAACUUGAUUGUUACUGCAAAACUCUGUCCACUUUGCAGUAGUAAAAAUAGUGGUUGCGCGAGCUGCAGCUUAAUGAAAAUGACCUCAAGCAUGAACUUGUCUGUGAUGUCAACCUCCUCCAUGAUAGGUUCUG